CUCCCGCAGCCAAUAUGUCCCUCAAGCCGCUGCUUAUCCUGCUCCACCUUCUCCACCAAAUCUUCUAUCUCCUCUCACUCAUCCUCCGUCGAAUUGGACUAACCUCAAUCUUCCACACCGCGCCAACGGAUAACCAGGAGGUACUCUUCUCCGCCGACCCUUCGCCGGCCAUCUUAACCGCCGCCGAAUCCAUCAAGAGCCAGCUGCCUAUCGUCGAUUACAUCAGCUUCGCCAAUGGUAAACUCACUGGAGAAAGUUGGGAACCGCCGCCGGCGUGCGCGGUGUGCCUUCAGUUCAUGGAAGCGAGAGAUCAAGUCCGGGAACUCGGGAACUGCCGCCACGCGUUCCACGUGUCUUGCAUAGACAGGUGGCUGGACCUCGGCCGGUUCAGUUGUCCUUUAUGCCGGUCCGCGCUGCUUCCCCCGCCGGCCGGCCGCCGGCGUGGUCCGGUUUUUUUUCUCAAGCUUCUUAUCGCCGGCCAAGCUUCUUCUUUUCAUAGAAGCUGCUAAUUUGUUUUGAAUUUUAGCUGAUUUUAAUUACCCUUUUAAAGGCAAUUAGUUGUAAUCAUUACUGAUUAAGUGAUUAAUUACAGAUGAGGCUUU